AUGCACACCGACAAAUCAAAGGUCCUUCUGUUCGGCAGCGGCGGAGUUGGCACGAUUGCAGCACUGAACCUUGAAGUUGGUGGUCACGCAGAAGUGACAGCUGUGUUGCGUUCGAAUUUCAAAGCUGUCAAGGAAAGAGGUUUUGAGAUUGCAUCUUGUGAUCAUGGCACAUUGAAGGGAUGGCGACCAUCCGAGGUCAUCAACUACGUCCCCAAGGCAUCGGAGAAGCAGUUCGACUACCUUGUCUGCACAACAAAAAAUCAGCCAGAUUGUCCACCUUCUCUGACUGAGCUCAUUGCUCCUGCUGUCAAACCUGGACAUACGGUGAUUGUUCUUAUUCAGAAUGGUCUUAACAUCGAGAAGCCGAUGUUCGAGGCAUUCCCCAACAACAUAGUACUGUCUGGUGUGAGCAUGAUCGGAUCACAUGAAACUGAGCCUGGCGUAAUUGAGCACGAUGACAACGACCGAGUCCUGAUUGGACCCUUCCACAAUCCCAAUCUAUCAGCGAAGGAUGAAGAGGCCGCCGCAAGGGACUUUGUCCGUAUCUAUUCUGCUGGCGGAAAGACUGACUGCGAAUUGCAACUGGACGUCAACUUUGCGAGAUGGCGAAAGCUGGUUUACAAUGCUUGCCUGAACUCAAUCUGCGCUCUCACUGGCUUGGACACUGGGCGGAUCAGACUCGCGGAUGGUGCGAUUGAUGGACUCGUCAAGCCUGCUAUGGAGGAGAUCAGAGCUGCAGCCAAAGCCGUUGGCGUAGAGCUCCCUCCUGACGUUUGCGACUUCAUGAUCGAGAUCGAUCCCUUGAAUAUGUAUCUUCCGCCUUCGAUGUUGGGAGAUAUGAGAAAGGGUAACUUUACCGAGUUUGAGAAUAUCGUGGGAGAGCCUCUUAGAGUUGGCACAGCUCUAGGUGUACCGAUGCCGACAUUGCAGGUUCUUUACCAUCUGCUCCAGGCUAUCCAAUGGCGGACGAAGGAGGUCAGGGGCCUGGUAACAAUUCCACCCAAGGGCGAUUUUGUCGCUAAAUAG